AUGCAAAAAGACAAAUGGAUUGAAAGCUUAGAAAACACAGGAAUUUUCGAAAGUCCUUUGGGAACGCCUCAGUUCAGUGCUGCUUAUAAAAAGUUCAGACACAUGAGAGAAAAGGCUUCCCUUGACACAUUAGAAAGCUACUUCAAUUGCAUAGAUACCAACGAAAAACAUAUUGAGUCAAUAAUUUCUAUUGAAGAAGCCUCAAAAAUUGAUCAUAAAAUGAAAAAUCUUAUGGAAGCAACUGAUUUAACCGACGCGGAAAUCUGCAAUGAAAUAUCGCGUAUGCGUUCUGAGUCUGAAAAUUCAAUUCUUAAACUUAAGAAAGAUUAUUUGAAAAAAGAACGAGAAAUAUUUCACUCCUCCCUUUAAAUUGGAAUAAAUUUUCUGUUCCGAUUUAAAGGGGGUCUAAUUUUCCAAAACGGAGAAAUAUAAUGUGAAUGGAAUAUUUUUGAGUUUAAUUAUUUUAUAGAAAAUUUAUUUAAAAUAUUUAAUUGAUUCAACGAUCAAUAGAUAAAAGCUAUUUUAGCAUUUAACAAAUAUAAUUCCUUUUAAAAAAAUAGAGCUCCAAUUUAAAAGGGGCGUUUUGUAAAUUUCACCUAUAUUUUGUUUCAACUUGAAAGGUGGGGGGAGCUAGCAAAUUUCUAACGAAGCAGAUCUGCAAGUUCUGAUUGCAACUCGCCCUGAAAUGUUGGAAAUAACAACUAAAGUCUCAACUUCUCCUCUAGUGACUCCUGAAUCUUUAUGCCUAGAAAGUUUGUCUAUUAGUGAUCAUUUGAAAAAUUGCAGACUACAAGCUUUUACCCAAAGUUUGAAUAAACAGACAAAUUUGAGCAGCUCAGUUAAUCCUCAAGAACUCAGAAGCAUUUUAAGUGAAAUCAUGGCAGAAGACCCAUCCAUCAUUACAGAAAAUAAAAUUCAAAAAUAUUCAGAAAUCUUGCAAUCAGCAUUUGAAGAGGAUAUUAAAGAAAAGGAAAAUAUAUUGAGAAGCCAGCUUGAAAAAGAAUUUGAGGCUGAUCAAUCAGCGUUGGCUUCCAAAUUCGAGUCUCAAAUUUCCCAAGGAAUCGAAGAAACCAAAACAGCACUUAAUAAAUUUUGGCAAAAAAAAGUCCAGGAAUUAGAUAGAAAACUAAAAUCAAUGGAAGUCAAAGCAAUUCAAUAUCAUAGUCAAGAAGAGCAAGGCUUAAAAGAAUUUUAUGAUAACCUUCUGGACCAGAAGCUUAAUGAGCAGUCUGAGGCUUUGCAAAAAGCAAUAAUUGCGAAAUUUAAAGCUGAAUAUGAAAUAAAAGCACAGCAGAAGAUUGCAGCCAUUCAAAAGAAGAAGCAAACAGAUAAAGAUACGCAGCUAUCAACUGAUGAGCUGGAUCGCAUGAAUGAAGAAAUCAUUUCAGAAAAUGAAAUUAGAUUAUACAGCGAAAAAGAAGCAUGGAAAAAAGAUAUAAUGCCAUUUCUUAUUGAAGAAUGCAGGAUAAUUGCUAAUCGGGAGCAAGAUCAAAUAAUUUCCAAAAAAAGUUCAGAACUAAGAACCCAAGCAAAAGUAGAAAUCCAAGAGCUCAUUGACCAAGUGAAAAAAGAUUCCGAGGCUGCUAUUGUAGCAAAAAUCAAAGAAAUCGACGAAGCUGAUGGAGAACGAGAAAAAACUAUGUCAGAAAAAAUAAGGGCUGAAUGCUUUGAAGAACUAAAAAAAGAGCAUGACUUUAGGUUGAGAGUUGGGCUUACAGAAAAACUUAGGGAGCAAUUGCAAAAAGAAGUCCGAACUGAGUUAGUGAGAAGAAUUGAAAUGGAGGUUAGGCUUAGGAAAGAAGACGAAAUAAGGAAAGAAGUUCAAGAAUCAAUCGUUGCCAGCCAUUUGAUAGGAUUUUUUUCCAUUCACAUUUCUUAGAUUUUAAUCGUAACUUUUACCUCGUAGACAAUUUCUCGGAAAAGAGCUAUUCUAAUUUCGACAAAAACACCUGAGAAAAUACCACAUUAGGAAAAUGCUCCGAUAUAUUGUAUGGAGCCAAAUCAAUAGAGGAAGAGCACGAAAAUGCUAGAAAAAGGCAGGAAAAUGAAACCCGGUUUAAAAUUCAAGAACUAGAGCAGACUUUUGAAGAGAAUUAUAAUCAUCUGGUGAUGGAAGAGGUCAAAUCUAAGCUUGAAAAACGAGAAAAAGAGCUUAAUAUUGACUAUAUGCGAAAAUUAGAAAAAUUGAGGGAAAACCAUGAAAAGCAAUACCAAGACUACCAAUCUCAGCAAAUUCAAGUAAGAAUUAUUUAGAAAACAAAGCAAUUGCUAAACCAAGAAAAAGCUGAAGUUGCUCGUUUGCGAUCAAAUUUAAAUGUCUUAUUGAAAAAAAUGACUGACUCAAGAAAAAAUGAGCUUUCUCUUCUAAAGUACCAAGAAGAAAUAUUAGAGAGGAAAAUGAGAGAGGUGCAAUAUGAUCAACAAUUUAAUGAGGAGCAGCCUAGUAGAAUCUGCUUUAUUCAAGACUCCGAAAAAGCAAAGCGAUCAUCAAAAUCCCCAACCCCUAACAAAGGCAGAUCAAAGUCUCCUUUUAAAGAAAAAAAUUCUAUUACAUCUCCAAAAUGGCCCAGCCCUAAUAAUGAUUAUAUUAGAACUUUGCCAAAGCCUUUGCCUCCACCUGCAUUUUCAUCAGAAAAUAGCAUAAAAAUUGAAAGAACUCAAGAAAGAUCCCCUAAGAGGAAACUCUUGGAUACAUACAACACUAAAGAGAUUAUUUCAGAUUUAAUAUUAAAAAACCUGGAAAAUGCAAAGCAACAUGCUUGAGCAUUGUUGAGGGAAACAGAAAUCCCCCCAUUAAUAAGAGUGAAUGAAAGUGAUAUAGAUGUCAGAGAAUUUUUAAGUUCCAGAAAAACUCUUCAGACCAAUACAUUGCCAAGCAAUUAUGAAACUCAGCAAAUAGCUUCAGAUACAAAACCAAAACAUAAGCAUUAUUAUGAACUUUUGAAUCAACACCAUGGAAUAAUAGAGCCACGUAUUAAAUAA